AUGUCUUCCGAAAACACUACCCCUAGCUAUGCCGAAGGGGCUGCCGAGACGACACCUCUGCUAAAGAAAGAUAUUUCUGUCGUUAGCGUCUCAGCUCAGAGUCAGUCUAACGGCACGUUUUCGAGUGAGAGCAACUCCGUCGUAGACGACUUCCCGGAGAAUGACGUGGAAAAUGGCCGGCCUAACGGUGCUGCGCCGAUCGGGGAUGCGCCGAAGUUGAAAGUAAACAUGAAGGCGCUACUACCGGCGCUUGCUAUUGGUAUCUUCAUGGUAGCGUUGGACCAGACCUUGACUAUCGCUACCUACGGCAAGAUGGGCAGCGACCUCAAUGCCCUGAACUCGACGAGCUGGAUCUCCACCUCGUAUUUCCUAACGCUGACGGUGUUCCAACCCUUAUAUGGGCGGUUAUCUGACAUAUUCGGCCGUAAGGAAUGUCUGCUGUUUGGCUACGCCGUCUUUGGACUUGCUUGCCUUGGCUGUGGGCUAUCCCGGGACAUCGUCGAGCUGUGCGUGGCCCGCGCUAUAGCCGGCAUCGGGGGUGGCGGUAUGAACGCCGUUGUGACUAUCCUCGUCACGGACCUUGUGUCCCUCAGGGACCGGGGCCUCUUCCAGGGAUAUAUUAACGUCGUGUACACUGCAGGCAUGGUGUCCGGUGCACCAAUCGGUGGCCUCAUCGCCGACACUAUCGGCUGGCGGUGGGCGUUCGCGGCCCAGUUCCCGCUGUCGCUAGUCGCGUGGCUGGCUGUAUUCUUCGUCCUCGACGUGCCCAAGGCGGACCACGCGCACUGGACACACAAGGUUCUACGUAUCGACUUUCUAGGGGCCUUUACGCUAGCCUCGGCUGUGUUCACGUUACUAUUCGGCCUUGAUAACGGCAGUAAUGAAGGCUGGAACCAGCGAAUCACCAUUAUCCCCCUAGCGCUGACACCACUCCUCAUCGCCCUAUUCCUCUUCAUCGAGGUCAAAGUUGCGUCGGUGCCGUUCGCGCCAGGUCAUAUUAUCCUCGACCCGCCGCUGUUGGCGGUAUACGGGGCCAAUAUGUUUGGUGUGGCCUCACAGAUGGGUGUCUCGUUCUUCAUCGCGCUGUUCUUCCAGGCUGCCGUGGGCCUCUCGGCAACGUACUCCGGUCUCAUGUUCGUACCCAGCACUUUCUUCGGGCUCACGGGUUCACUGGGCGGUGGGAUUCUCAUGCGCCGGACGGGCAAGUAUUACUGGAUCACGGUUAUCGGUUAUGCCUUAGUCGUACUCGGUAUAGUACCCUCUGUGUCGUUUUCAGGCGCAGUGGCGAAGUCGACUGUAGGUGUUAUCGCAGGUCUCUGUAUCAUGGCGCUUGGGUCUGGUUCUUCAAUUACCAGCUCGCUCAUUGCCAUAAUCGCCAAUGCAACCCCUGCCGACUCGGCCGUAGCUAUUGCAUGCUCGUAUCUAUUCCGGUCCCUCGGCACGACGCUCGGAGUUAGCAUUUCCACGGCAGUCCUACAGCAAGUCCUACGCACUGAGUUAGCCGCGGAGCUCGGUGGUGAUGGCGAUAAGGCGCGUGAGAUUGAGGAGGGCGUGCGCCAGAGCCUCGACUACAUCCGGACCUUGGAUCCAGCAAUCGCUGAGAUUGUGCGGGCCUGCUACGCCGUCGCUGUGCAGUGGGCUUUCAUACCAGUUGCUGUUUUAGCUUCGGGUGCAUUGAUCUCGUCUAUAUUCAUCAAGGAAAAGAAGCUCGAGGGGCGGUAG